UUGUUGAUGGAGUCUUUAAACUUGUAGUUGCUGUUUUCCAGACUGAAGCAGAGUCGUUAGCUGAAAACUGGUUUUAGAGGUUCAUUCAGGACACCUUCUCAGGCUCUUACAGCCUUACCUGUAUCAUAACAAAGUGUAUAAACCCCAAUCCACCUUUAACAUGGUCCUUCUCCCAAACCUUCAAAUAGGACUUUCUGGCCCUGUCAUAGUAAAGGGCUGCUUAGAAUAUUAGAGCCAAUGUCACAAAGUUCCUCCUGAAGUAUAAGUGAGUGAGAGAGUUUCCUCACUUUGCAGCACAACACGUCUCACAAGAUUUCUACAAGCAAUCAGAGUGAAAUUUGUACUUUGUGUUGUCAGAUGAACAUAUGAGACACUUUGACUCUUCAGUGCAGUGUGGAGCCUAACAAAGAUCUGUUUUGUGUCCCAGCUGAUCAGCAGGAGGAGAAGAGUCUGACGGAGCAGCAGAGGAACAUUUUCAGCCAUCUGGACUCAGCUGAGUCACUACAGAGGAAACAAUGAGCUCAACACAGGAGGACCAACAUGGAGCGAGAAGUCAGCGCUCUCAGGAGGCCGACAAACCUCACAGAAGAAAGAGAGAGAAAACAUACAGCUGUGACGAGUGUGGGAAGGAGUUUACUGUGAAGUAUAAACUAAAACGUCAUCAGGUCAUCCACACUGGAGAGAGACCGUACAGUGUGACUUGUGUGGAAAGUUUUUCCUGGAAGCUUUCCCUAAAAGCACACCAGGUCAUUCACAGUGGAGUUAAAGCGUACAGCUGUGAUCAGUGUGGCAGAGCUUUUUCUCGCAAGAGCAGCUUACAGCGGCAUCUAGUUAGUCACUCUGGAAUUAAGGCAUACAGCUGUGAGAUUUGUGGAAAAACCUUCAGCCGGCCGUUCAGCCGAACCAUACACCUACGCAUUCACACCAGACAUGAUGUGUACUGGUGUGAUCAGUGUGGCAAACAGUUUAUAACAGACACACAAUUACAUGGCCACAUGUUUACCCACACUGAGGAGAGACCUCAUAAAUGUGACCUGUGUGAGAAGACUUUUAAAUCUCCACAUUACCUGAGACGACACCAACAGAUCCACACCAGAAAGAGACUCUACAAGUGCAGUUACUGUGAGAAGCAGAGCGACACAGGUGGAUCCAGUUCUCAACCCUGUCAUCACUGUGGUGGUGGGAAAGACUUCCUCUGUGACCUUUGUGGGAGAACUUUCAUUCUUCAGCGAAGCCUAAUACUACAUCAACGUAGACACACUGGAGAAAAACUGAACUACUGCAAAGAAUGUGGGAGAGGCUUCCCCAAACCAAGUGACUUAAAACAACAUGAACUGAUUCACAGUGGGGUUAAAAAUCACCUCUGUGAUCAGUGUGGGUCAUCCUUCAUUAGUGCCAGUAGCCUUAAAAUACACAAACGUGUCCACACAGGAGAGAAACCAUACAAGUGCAGACACUGUGACAGAAGCUUCUCAUGUUCAUCUGCUCGUAACCAUCAUGAACGUACACACAUGGAAGGAAACUACAGCUGUGACCAGUGUGACAAGACCUUCAGGAAUCUCAGUUCAUACUCCAAACACAAACAAUCCCACGUUACUAAUAAACUGUUUCACUGUUACCAAUGUGCCAAAACAUUCACUUCAUUAUCUGCUCUGUGCAAACAUCAGCGUGAUCACUCAGGGCUGAAAUCACUCCCAUCACUGGAUCACAGUGAAUCUGCAGAGACAGAAAGAUCCUCUGGUUUCAGGGUCAGACUCAAAACCCUUGAGAUCAGGCUCCACAGAGUUCAGAUGGAAUCUCCUGUAAAGAUCUAAUCAGGUAACUUUGAAUGAAAAUGUUCUGCUACUUAAAUUUUAAGCUUUCUACACUGUUCUGCGUCAGUGUUCGUGGCGAAUGGUUAGCUUUGUUCCAGCAGUUGGAUG